GCGUGUCGCGUGCAUCACCGCCCGCCAGCCAGCACCAGAGCAGUCAGAGGAAAACCAACUGCGAAGGCGAUCGGAUGCGCGUGUUCGUCGGUUCGGUCGCUGUCGAUCGGAAGAAGGUGCUUGCUAACAAGUAAAAGUGUCGCGACGAUCAAGAUCAAGUUUGGUGGGUUUUCUUUUGCGUGACUUCGAAGGCUGAGCAGUCUGUGAUGGAAAAAACCGGCGCUCGGUUGGUGGAAAUUCGCGUGUGACAAACGGGGCUGUGAAAAGAGGGGGUGGUUUUAUAAUUAUUGUGAAUCCAACGUUCAACUUUGAAUAAUUCAAAGCGAUUUUGAAGAAGAGCAACGGCCGUGGAACGCGAAGAAAGUGCUUCUAUGAAACGCAAACUUUCCGAAGUGAAUUCACCCCGCUAGCAACAAUCGCGAGUGGAUGCUGAAUGAAUGGAAUCAAAACAAUAUUGCCCCGUGGGAAAAGUGUCGAAUUCAAAUAACGAAAUUACCAACUGGCGCUCUGCCACCGGAAAAGAAGAGAAAUAAAAAGUGUGCCGGCCUUCCGAAUCCGGGCAGUUGUUAAGCUAAAUAAAUAAUUCGUUCAACGCAACAACGCUGGAAAAUCUCAGACGCAGCGGGAGGAUGAAGAUAUACACACUGACCACCACAAUCUUCGGCUUCGGUCAUCCGACGCGGCAGAAGGCAACAGCUGCCGUUGGUGCCGGAAUGAAUCUAUUUAUACUUUUCGCAACGGCAGCGCUAUUUACUUUCACUGGAAACGCACACGCCGGCAACUUGGUCAAACGAAGUCUGAAAAACACAGUGCCCUGCUUAGAGGAUGGACGAUUUUACAGAAAUCCCGAACGGCCCGCGCACAAGAUGUGGACCAAUGCCGAGUGCGCCAAGUACUACCUCUGCCUGGACGGGGAGGUGUUCGAGUUCAAGUGCUCCGUCGGGCUGCUGUUCGACGUGACCCGCCAGAUUUGCGACUUCAAGCAGAACGUGGACAACUGCGAGGUUACGGCCGAGGCUCGUGUCCCGAAACCUCUGCUGGACGCUGCCCAAUGCGAGGAACGAUCUCAGCUGGGCUGCGGCGACGGCACGUGUCUACCGAACGAAUACUUCUGUGAUGGGUCCAUCGAUUGCCCUGAUGGAUCCGACGAAGGCUGGUGCGACGUCGAGAAUGAUCCAAAUGCUGCCGAUCCGUGUGACCUGUCGGUUUGCGAACUACCGGACUGUUUCUGUUCCAAGGAUGGUACGAUCAUUCCGUCCAGGUUGGAGCGGACUCAGACACCGCAGAUGAUCGUCCUGACGUUCGACGAUGCGAUCAACUUCGAGAACUGGGAACUCUACACGCAGAAGAUCUUCACCCCGAACCGGAAGAACCCUAACGGAUGCCCUAUGCGGGCGACGUUCUUCAUCUCGCAUCAGUACACCAACUAUCAGCAGGUGCAGAAGAUGUGGAACGACGGUCACGAGAUUGCCAUCCACUCGAUCACCCACCGCGGUCCGGAAGAAUGGUGGUCCCGGAAUGCCACCAUCGAGGACUGGUUCGACGAAAUGGUCGGCCAGGCGAACAUCAUCAACAAAUUCUCCAACGUCCGGAUGGAGGAACUCCGUGGAAUGCGGGUACCAUUCCUACGGGUCGGUUGGAACCGUCAGUUCCUGAUGAUGAAGGAGUUCGGUUUCGUGUACGACUCCUCAAUGGUGGCUCCGUUCUCCAACCCACCCCUGUGGCCGUAUACCUUGGACUACAAGAUGCCUCACGCGUGCAAUGGGAACAAUCAGUAUUGUCCAUCCCGGAGCUAUCCGGGCAUUUGGGAGAUGGUGAUGAAUCAGCUGGAGGCUGGAGAGUAUACGUGCGGAAUGGUCGAUAGCUGUCCACCGAACAUGAACGGCGAGGACGUCUACAAGAUGUUCGUGCACAACUUCAAGCGGCACUACCACACCAAUCGGGCUCCGUACGGGUUGUACUUCCACUCGACGUGGUUCCGGAAGCAGGAAUAUUUGGAAGCAUUCUUGCGCUUCCUGGACGACAUGCAGAAGCAUCCGGACGUGUACUUCGUGACGAACAUCCAGGCCAUCGAGUGGAUCCGCAAUCCGACGCCGUUGAACCAACUGGGUCACUUUGACCCGUGGUACUGCCAACCGAAACAGCUUGACCCGAACGAGUUGGCGUGUAAUUUGCCACGGACCUGUAAGCUGCACAGUCGAGUGCUGCAGCAGGAUCGUUAUCUGUUCACCUGCAACGAAUGCCCCGCCCAGUAUCCGUGGAUACGAAAUGAGUUUGGGUUGGACUGAGACGGGGAGGGGCCCGUACAUAUGUAGAAGAUGAUGCACCGACUGUGGUAACAGUAUUGUUAAUUAUGCUUAAUUUAAUGCUUUAA